GUGCUUUCAUGGAGUUCACAGUCUAACUAUUCAUAAGCAUCUCUGCGUAGAAGGAGGUUCAAAGCAGUUUCACCCUGGGGACAAAAACAAUGAUUCCACCGGGAGAGUGUAUGUAUGCUGGGAGGAAAAGAAGAAAACCUAUUCAGAAACAAAGGCCGGCUGUGGGGAAUGAGAAGUCCAAUCCUUCCAAGAGGCACCGAGACCGGUUGAAUGCUGAGCUCGAUCACCUCGCCAGUCUGUUGCCUUUUCCACCCGACAUCAUUUCAAAACUGGACAAGCUUUCCGUCUUACGUCUCAGCGUCAGCUAUCUCAGGGUGAAAAGCUUCUUUCAAGCUAUUCAGGAGCAACACUUCAGGACACAAGGUGACCACCCAGUGAAAGAAGAUCACCUCCCCACUGGAAUUGCCAUGCCGGAAGGGGGACUGUUGCUAGAAUCUCUUAAUGGAUUUGCUCUGGUGGUGAGUGCAGAAGGAAUGAUAUUUUACGCAUCAUCGACAAUUGUGGACUACCUGGGCUUUCAUCAGACUGAUGUAAUGCACCAAAACAUAUAUGAUUAUAUUCAUGUGGACGACCGCCAAGAUUUCUGCAGACAGCUUCACUGGGCCAUGAAUCCUCCCCAGAUGGUGUUUGGGCAGCCAUUACAGUCAGAAACAGGAGAAGAAUACAUACUUGAUAAGCUGCUUAAAGCACAAGAAUGUGACAGUAUGUCAACGGAAUACUCUGCCUUCCUAACCCGAUGUUUCAUCUGCCGAGUUCGCUGCCUGCUGGACAGCACUUCUGGUUUCCUGACAAUGCAGUUUCAAGGAAAGCUCAAGUUUCUGUUUGGACAAAAGAAAAAGACGCCAUCAGGAACACUCCUGCCUCCCCAGCUUUCAUUGUUUUGUGUGGUGGUACCAAUCCUGCUCCCUUCUGUGACAGAAAUGAAAAUGAAAAAUGUGCUUCUGAGAGCCAAGCAGAAAGCCGAUGUGGCAGCCUCCACGGACGCCAAAGCAAAAACUACUGCUGGUCUAUGUGAAUCUGAACUACAAGGAAGAGCACAUUUCCAAGGAGUAAAGAAUAAUGGAGAAAAUGGUGUUUCUGUGUUCAAAGUACAAGCAAAUGAUGAUCACUGGGUCUGGGUACAAGCCAAUGCUCAGCUCCUCUACAGGAGUGGUUGUUCAGACUAUCUCCUAAACCCACAGACAGUGGCAAAGGAAGAGGAAGAACACCUGAAGAUGUCAGGAAGUACAACCAGUGGGAAAGGGCGAAGAGAACCACUAAUGUAUAAUUGUUCCAUUGAAACAUUGGGACCCAUGAAGCAUCUGAAUUGGACAGCAGAAAAACAUGAUCAGGAUGGUAUAAAACUGAAGUUUGAACCAAAUAAAACUGACAAAUGUUUUUUACAAGAGGAGGGCCUAAGUUCUUGCAUGCCCUAUCCAGGAGUCCAAAACACAUGUAAUACAAACAGUAUUUCUCCCUUCAGAAGUUCAUCCAAUUCUCAAGCUAUGAAUUCACCCCUAAGUGCCUACCCCAACCGAAUAAUUAGACCUUUCUAUAAUGGAGAUCAAAGUCAUUUAAACCCUCCGUCCAGUUGCCAUCCUCAUCAAGGUGGGAUGGAGAAUUGCCAGUCUUGUCCCGGCUUUCAGCAUCUUGCUGUGGGAAGCUAUGCUUCAGAAAAUGUCAAAUUGCAAAGUGCAUUGAUACCCCCAGAAACUCUAUACAAUCAAAUGUUACCAUUAGAUAUACCCAUCAAAAUGGAAAAUGAUUCUGAUUCUGAUAAUGGAAUCGAUGGCUACCCCAUUUCACAAAACCAGGUGUGGCUAGGGGAAAGCAAUGUGGUCAAGAGACAUCUUAUUAGUUUCCCUAACAGGGUGCAUUUUAAAACAGAACCAGAGUUCACCGAGCACUUGUCUCCUUGUGAAAAUCCCAAGCAUUAUACUUAUCCCCCUCACCAUGGACAGUGUGUUGUGAGCACUCAUCCCAACAACAGAGCCAUUAGUAGAUCCGGUAAAGAGAUCUCACCAUUUUACUCACCAAACUGUGCCUAUCUGGAACGCAUGCAUGGCCUACAAGACACAGAAUACUACAACCACUUGUACAGUCCCAGUUCAACAAAUAUGAAGGGACAUACUGAGCAUCAGCCUUAUAAGCUACAGUGUGAUUUUAAAGCUCCUGGAAUGGUUCAGAUGAUCAAGCGUGAACCUUUGGAUUCUCCUCCAUGGGCUGGUCAUAGCCAAAGUGGGGUGCAAGUGAUUUUUCCUAAAAAUGCCUUAUCGACUCUUAUGCCUCAUAAAGCUACAGAAUGCACAUUCUUACAAUAGUCUCCUAGCCAUUUCUAAUGGGUUUUUUUUAAAGCUGUGCCUAUUUUUUCAAAGUGGUGUCCAGCAUUUUCAAACGUAUUCCCUCCAACUCAUGGGUUGGCUUGAAAUGUUUGUUCUGAGCUUGGAGGCCUGCCAAAGAGUGAAUUUCCUUUAUAUGACACAUUUAGGUUGUCAGAUUAUGUUUGAAGCCAUUUUUAAAAUGUGGUCUUUUUUGCAGUGUUGCACGACUUCAGCUCUGUUUAGUAUCAGAAUGCCAGGUGUUAAGAAUGCUUAAAUCUGUGUGGUCUUAAGUACAAAAUAUAUUCAUAUAUAUCUGUAUUUUCUUCAAAGUAUAGAACUAGUGCUAAAAAAGUCGAGACCUGGAUCUCUUCUGCACAGCCAUGUUCACAUGUUCUAUGUGCACACAAAAAUGCUAACUCUCGGCUAUCUAUGGUAAUUGGACAAUGGCAGCAUGGAAAACUGACAUACUUUUAGGCAAUAGAUUUGAACUCUUCCCACACCAACCUUUUCCUAAUAACAUUUCUUUGAGUUCACUGAUUCUGCUUCCUUUUGUUUUCUCUGGCCAUCCCCUGGCAGCAAUAAACACCAAAUUAGCACCAAGAAAAGGUGGGCAUAAAGAGAAGCAAAAGGCUUGGAAAAUAGGACUAAAUGGGUGGUGAGACCCUGAAGUACGGUUUACCAUAUUUAAAAAUAACUUUGAGCUCUAUUCCUGGAAGUGAUUUGUGAUAUGCAGAAGGAUCAGCAUUAGGUGAAAAAGUAUUGAAGCAUAACACUCCCUUACUGUUUAAUACGCAGUCACCACUACCUGGCUGGUUGUUGAAAGCCUAGAUGUGGAGUGUUACUAAAGUAAGACAGCCAUGACUAAAUGUUGCUUCAAGAAAGCCAUCAAGGGCUUUUAGUGGAUAGCAUAAAGAGGUAUGAAAAAAAGGAGGUGCUCUUACUCUUAUUCAUAAUAGAGUUUGAGGAGAAAUAUAUAUAGACAUAUGGAAUUUUAUCAUUUACCAGUAGAAUCUUUUACAGAAUGCUACAAAUGUGGACAGGAAGCACAGCAUAGUGCAUAGAGGGCUAGCCUUAGAGUCAGGAAGACCUGGGUUCAAGUCUUUCCCCUGACUCAUACUGCCAACACAACCCUGCGCAAGCUAGUUAAGUCUUGGUACUCCCCAAGGAAACUCCGUGAGAGUCUAAGUUACAGGUUGUGGAUUUGCAUCAGUGGGAGGAGUUUCUUACAUGGAUGAAAUUACUACAGGUCUGGACAGUAUCCAAAGUGGUGUUGUAUAUAUCUGUUGCCUAAUCCCUUAGGAUUCCAAUCCUAAUCCAAAGAAGGGCCAUUAGAGAUGGAAUAAAUUAAUGAAAUCUAUAGGGUAGUAUGCUGAUUUUUCAGUACUAAAAGAUUCUCCUCAGGGUUCAGAGUGCAUGCCAAGGAUCCCAGUAGUUCAGGGUAGGUAAGCCUAAUAUGUGAAAAACAAAGAUGGAGAAUAUUCAACAUGAAAGGAAAGCCCCUCCCAAAAAUUGUGAUGUGUUCCUGUCUUCAUUUUUUAAUAUUAUUGAUCAUGGGAUCAUAGUUCUGGAGCUAGAUGUUCUAGAAUCUUUUAUUUCUUUUGUUCACUUGUCUGUUAGGGUCUGAAUUCCUGCCUUUAUGCAGUUGUGAUACCCUGUUCUUGAGCCUGCAACAUCUCCUCUUCAUAAAAGUGUAGAGCAUAUAGAACUUUUAUAAUUAAUUUUAUUUUGAGAAUUGCAUAAUACCCCUUGAAGUAACUGGAACUGGGGCAAGUUUCAAAACCAGGGCAGGGGAAUUAUUGCUCUAGAAUACCAAUUAAAUCCAAAUCAGCUUCUAUUCAUUUUUUUGUUUCCUCAGAUCAUUUUAGUGCUUGGCUACCAUUUUGAUGUUGAUUUAUCUGAAUGUAUCUUCUUGCAUAAUUAAAAAUAAAAAUUAUCUUCUGCCUCUCCUUGGUUUUUGCUAAAUCAGUUCCACAGGUUGACUUCAUGAGCUUUUAUGGUGUGGUAGCUUCUGUUGGGCCAAACUUAAGUCUACCCUGGCCCUCUCCUAUUCCCAGAUCAUAGGAUCAGAGAUUUUGAAUUUAAAAAGACCUUAAUGAUCACGUAGUCCAACCCAGAUUUUAACCCAGGUAGUCCAAAUCCAAUACAUUUUCCACUACCACAAUCUCCUUUUUACACUGCCGUUUUCCCUUCACUGGGAGCAUUAAAUUUCACUCAGUGAUGCAGGAAAUGACAGAGCUUCCUUCCCCUCUUACUAGUGUUCAUAGUGGGCUUUUCUCACAUCUUCAGUAGCACCAGAUUGUAGGACAACAGAAGCUGUCAGUCCUCUUGGCUAUUCACCCUCUUGUUUGCCAAAGGCCUUUUAGCAGAUCUUCCUACCACCAACCCUCAGUUUUGAUGAUUCAGGUCCCCAAGGCCAACCUUAUGAUAAAGUAGAGCAGGGAGAAUAAUUUGAGUGUGUGUUGAGGAAAGGCUCUCCACCGUAAAUUUCUCCUGCAGUUGCUUGAGUUAAUAUCACUUGUAACUCACUCCUUUCUGUUGAGUCUUGUCCUCUCCCUUUGGUGUUUUCAAAUGAAAAUGUGCCUAGGAGGAGUAGCACAGAAAAUCCCUGCCAUCUUGAUUUAAUGUAUGUGUCAUAUUACUUUCCUUUUUAUCUCACAGACCAUUUCACAGGCAGCCAUGGAGUGUUGGGUACCUGGGAAGCACAAGGAAGAUGCUAAUGUAAGGAUUUAGAGAAUAAAGGAAAAGGAUACAGAAGAGGUUGAAAAGAGACUUUUCUACUUUAAAAUUUUACCUACUUAGAAAAUUUUACCAGACCUGAAUCCAUCACUGUCUGUAUUUUGGUUACAAAACAUACAUUAGUCUCUCUUAGAGAGCUUUAGACCCCAAAUUUCAAGACUGGAAUAUAGUCACGGUGGCGCCCAGGGACAAAAAUAAGAGCAGUGGGUGGAUAGGAGGCCUCUCGAAGGAGUAGUUUUCCUUUCACUAGAGGGGCUUCAAGUGAAGGCUAGAUGAUCAUUUGUGAGGGAGCUACCCCUCCUGAUAUGAUUUAGCCUGAGCGGUCCUCCAGGGUCCUUCCAGCUCUAAGAUUCAAUAAUCCUGAAAAUCAUAAAAAGAAGGUGAGUCUCACCUUCUUUUGCAUACAAAACCUAGUUCCUGAUCCUUGGAAAAUCUAGUUGGAUAGGUCCUAAUCAUAACCACUUUUUUUUAAAAUGGUAUUUGAACUUGAAUUUCCUACAUUUGCCUAUUGCCUAGAUUUUCCUCUCUUUGCUUCUGAUUGCCACUGUUUUUAUUCAUCUACUCAGUCUCCUCUCCCUGCAAUGCCUGGCCAUAAGCCUCUUCCUUGAUAGUUUCGUAUUCUGAGCUAAAAGAUGAGACAGCUCUUUGAAAAGCUUGAAAGUACUACAUAAGUACAAAGUAUUAUUCGUGUUUUGGAAUACUUGUGAGUGACACGAACAACAAUAUGCUGUACUUUGGGAAAAAUGGAACUAUUUUCAGAAAAUUCAUUUCAUGUAUUCAGGCUGCAGUAAGAUACUUCAAACAUCUGAAAUCUUAUCCCCAGAACAAGUUCUGCUGUUGAGUGAAACACAUGUUUCUGCAGCCUAGGUAAUAAUCAACUUUCUUGGCUAGAGCAACCAAACAAGAUGCCCAUUGAGAAAAGCCACUCUCAAGGGAGUUGAUAUUUUCAGUGUAAGCACUUUGUUCUUUGUACUACAGCCCAGCUUUGAAAAUGGAAUCUAGAAGAUGAAAAAUUGGUCAUUUCCCUUUUCAGAAAUGUGUUUUCUGUGGUUCCAAUUUCAGGUUUUUCUUUUCCUGUUUUAUAUCUCUUUUACAAUACAUGGCUGAAAAAGAGAAUUAUAAUCCAUUGUAAUAGUAAUGAAGAAAUAGGGUGAAGAAAGGAGAUCAAUAACAUGUGCAUUUUAUAUUUUAGCAGUUUCUUCUUAGAAGGAAAAGUUUUGUGAUAAAGGCUGUUACUUUAUUGCUCAAUGUUUUAAAAAAACUGGUGCACUAUUAUGUAACAUUUUUGUAGUAUUUUCCACUGCUUUUAGAAAGCUUUCAAAUGUAUUUCUGAGACUGAUUUGCAUUU